CGCCACUUUUGACGUCAACAAACAACAGCCUUCAGUAACAUUAUCGACCGGUUCUUGUUGAAAUUUAUGUAGGCAGUGUCAGUGAUUUUCAGGAAUACUCCGUGGAUUUUGUAGAUGCCAAGAUGUAAUUUGAAUGCCAACAAGAAUGGAUGAGGAGCUCGGUAUUCAACACUCCUAUAGAGAGUCUUUGAUUAGGAAUGAACUAAAACCAAAUCAACAGCUGCCUGCUGGUUAAAAACAAUUGGUUUACCAGCAGUAUGUCUGAAUAUCAUAAAAAAUAUUUUUGUCCGCGCCUGCUGGAUUACAUGGUCAUUGUGGGCAGCCGACACCACAACAACAACAACAAUGUUGCACAAACACCAGAGUUGUUAAGGCGCUAUCCUCUGGAAGAUCAUGCCGACUUUCCACUGCCUACAGAUGUGAUAUUUUUCUGUCAGCCUGAAGGCUGUAUAAGUGUAGGUCCGAAACGUAUGAGUCUCAGAGAAACUACAUCAUUUGUUUUCACGCUCACAGAAAAAGAUUCCGGGAAAGUGCGGUAUGGCAUAUGUGUGAACUUUUUUAGACCAUUUGAAAGAUAUAAAUCAGAACGAAGAUCAGAUAGUCGGCACAGCACUGACAGCCGUCACAGUACCAUAAGCAGCAGCUUUGGAAGUGAAAGACAGUUCAGUAGUGGUAGUUACAGUGAGGGAAAUCCGAACGUAAGAAACCUGCCACAUAAUGACUCGGAGACACGUUCUCCACGGACUAGUAAAAAAACAAAAUCCUCUUCACGAGUUCGAUGUAAUACUCUAACGUCACUAUGCAUUAUCAGUCACCAUCCAUUUUUUUCAACGUUUCGUGAAUGUUUGUUCAUCUUGCGACGAUUGAUUGAUGCUUGCCAUGAAAGAAGUUGUGCCAGAAGAAUUGGAGGAUCAAGAAGCUUGUCCAGGGACACUGUGUGGGGUGUGUUAACAGGUCAGGGAAGUGACAAUGUAUCAAGCCUCGUUGUGCACGAGAUACGCGAGAUUGAGACCUGGGUGCUUCGACUACUCAGCGCCCCUGUACCUGUGCCUGGAAAAACCCGUGUUGAGAUCCAGGUUCUACCACGUGAAGUCCAGCCUCCACUGCUGUUUGCCUUGCCGGACCACACUCGCUUCUCCCUGAUCGACUUCCCGCUUCACCUCCCCUUGGAACUGCUGGGUGUUGAGACGUGUCUCAAAGUUCUCACUGCAAUUAUGCUGGAGUUUAAAGUGAUUAUGCAAUCCCGGGAUUACAAUGCCCUCACAAUGAGCGUGAUGGCGUUUGUAUCCAUGCUCUAUCCGCUGGAGUACAUGUUUCCUGUGAUACCCCUUCUACCUACAUGUAUGUCUUCAGCGGAACAGCUUCUAUUAGCCCCCACCCCCUACCUGAUAGGCGUUCCUGCAAGCUUUCUGCUGUACAAGAAAGGCUUUGACCUGCCUGAUGACAUCUGGCUCGUCGAUCUGGACUCUAACAAGAUAACUCCGCCAUCCCAGCCAGGAAACAAUGAGUUACCACCCAUGCCAGAGCCAGAGGGCAGUGCUCUGAGAAACCACCUUAAACAGGCGUUAACUAGUAUGAGUAUGACUCCGCAGCCGAUAAAAAAUCUUGACGUUCUGGCCCAGAAUCCGGAUAUGUGGAAACGUCGUGAAAGUUUCUCCAACAACACAGGAUUUAACCCUCUCAUUUACGGGAAUGAUGUGGACUCCGUGGAUAUCGCUACUAGAGUUGCUAUGGUUCGGUUUUUCAACUCUGCAAACACCUUGGGUAACUUCACCGAACAUACCCGUACCCUGCGUCUGUAUCCGCGGGCUGUUGUGGCAUUCCAGAUGUACAGUUUCCUCAAAUCGCGCCCUGUCAAGUCCCACUUCACUGUCCGUCUGUCAAGGACACAGGCAGUAGAGUUUUUUGCUGAAUGGGCAUUAUGCCCGCAGAAUGUUGCAUUUCUCCGUGUGCAGACCUCUGUAUUUGACCCCCUACUGAUCGGAGACAAGCCGAAGUGGUAUGCAAGCCAGCUCCAGCCAAUUUUAUUCAAUGUGUACGAUGAUAACUCCUCCCUUGGCGCUGCAUUGAGCUCUGCAUCCGAGGUGGCUAGUGACGAAAAUCCAACAGAUGAGAGUGGCAGUGACAGCGAUGGGGCGGAGUCUACUUCUUCAUCAUAUUCGUCAUUGAGCGAUUUUGUGACAGAUAUGGUCAACAGUGAGAUUGACGGUGAUACACCUUGUUUCUUACCAGAAAACCAGGUUCUUGCAGUUGAUGAAUCCAAGGUUUACCACCCACCAGACUGCCUCCAACUGCCUGACCCAGGCACAGGGCAUUCCGAUUCUGCAAACUCCCAGAACGAUGAGAGCGAUGAUGGUGCCGACAGCUCUGAUUCCUCAGACGAUAGCAGUGCACCGAGAUAUGCGCCUGACGAAAGCUCUGUGUCGGUCUCAAAUCCUAACAUGCCAAGUUCAAAAGAGUUCAGGUACGACUCUGGGAACCUCACGCCGACAGGACGAGCAACUAGACUCAGGCGUGACAGUGGUGGAUCCAACAGCCCUCCUCCGAGGCCCAGCCGGCCCCCUUUGCAGCCCCUGAACAAGAGCAUUAACUCUGCCUUUGAGUCUUAUGAGAAGCCCCCAAGUCCUCGAGAAAGGGUCCCACCCCAUAGCCCCAGGGAGAGAAUUCCUUCUGGGUCAGGAUCAAGAGGGACUCCGAGCCCUCGGGAGUGGCCACCACCCAAUCCAUUAGCAAUAGCCCGACAGCACAGAGAGCCCAGUGACAGCUCUCAUGAACGGCCCCCUUUAAGUCCAAGGGAAUGGCCUCCUCCAAAUCCUCUGGCAGUCGCCCGACAACUCAGAGAACCCACAAGUCCAAGAGAGCCCCCAAGCCCAAGAAUGCCCCGGGUUCCCCCGCCAAGCCCAAAUCUAGGUCGAGAAAGGUUUGGGUCUACAGGCAGUCAGGGCAGCAGCACGGAUAGUACAAAGGGAAGCAACUCCGGUUCAGCGAGAAAAGGGAAUACACUUCACCCUAACAGGCCUGGGCUGAAGACUAUGCAGUCAGACCCAACAGACACUAAACCAGGCUCUUUGCACGCCCCUCCGGAAGGCCGUGGCUCAAGCCCCUCGUCCCUAAUCUCGACACUGAGUAACGACCUCACAGACUUUGCACACAAUGCUAGCAGCACGCUGUCUGAGUUUUUUGGGGCCAAGAACCCCACCAGCCCAAGCCAGACUCCUACUGCAGUGACCCCUGCCAGUGUCCCCACCCCGCAAACCCACCAGAAACCGGCGCCCAAACCCUUCGCUCCCCUUGGCAACAGGAAAGCCCUUGUGGAAAAAUCAGGGCUCGUCAAACAUGCAACAAACAGAAAGCCUAAGACAGCUGAGAAACAGAAGGCUGAGACCAAGGGUUCGUCUAACAGUGAAAAUCAGCAGUUCCUGAAGGAAGUUGUAGCCAGUGUGCUGGAGGGACAGGGUAUAAGCUGGCUUAAGAUGGGCCGCGUAAAGAAACUUCUUGAGGAUGAGAAUUAUCGCAACUUCAUGGUCUCCAGACUUAACAAGAACCUUGACAAAAAACUAAGCGAUGAUGAUACACAUAUUGAGGAUGUGCCAGUGACAAAGCCAGUGUACAAAGGCAUGCUAUCACUACUGAAGGCGUUUGUUCAUGGUUUGGAGACCACCUUCCAGAAUUACGGUAUCGGGGGGAUGGCGAGUGCCUACAUGGUUCUAGAAAUUGCCCACACCCACCACUGGGCGCGUGAACGAACAAGCUCGAGUAAAAGUGACACUUCCAUAACACCAGAGCUAAACUCCCCAUAUGGAAGUCAGGAGAGUCUUUCCAUCAAGGGGGAUCACUCACCCAGAAAUCCUGACUCACAGAGUCUCAAUGAGGAACACACAGUUGCUGCCCUUGGUUAUUUUGGUAAAGCCAAUUCCAGCCAACUACUGCCCAACGGAAUAAAGUCAGGGCAGUCGCCCGAUAGUACACAGCAGUUAGGUUCACCAGUAAUUGUAAAUGGGGAUGAGUUUGAAAAUAUAGAGAUGGUUGGAAGUUCACUGGAGGAGCACCCAUACAAACUGAACCCUGGCCAUACUGUAAAGGGGCCUGAUAUGAACCGGAAUAUACCCAGUGGUCAGAAAUGUGACAUAAUUAUCACUGGGUCUGCUGAUGAGAGUCGCCACCAACAUCAUCCACUACAACAGCUUCAUCAUCAGCACUCUGGGCCAACACAUUUGUCGUCGCCAUCCUCAGAUCGUGACGUCAUGUUGGAGUUUGUAAAAAACAAGGGUCUUAUGAAGAGCCACCUAGACCAACGCGUGAGCAGCAUAGAUUCUGAUGUGUCAGAGAGCAAGGCAAGUGUUAAGAAAGGCCGCUCCUCAAGUCUGUACAGCAAUAAAAGUAGUCUGAGCACGGGCUCGCGAUAUCGGGACGGGCAAAUGAUCUCCACAUCGCCCAUACCUGGGAGCCCAGAAGUUACGAAGACAUACCUGUUUGAGGGGCUUAUUGGCAAGGAGCGCAGUCGACUCUGGGACCAGAUGCAGUUCUGGGAAGAUGUGUAUCUAGAUGCUGUAGCCCAGGAAAGAGAUAUUAUAGGCAUGGACCAGGGACCAGCUGACAUGAUGGACAGGUACAACUCUUUGGGGCCGGGAGAUAGGAAGCGCCUUGAACACGAUGAAGAUCGACUGUUGUCUGUCCUGCUGUAUAACCUUGUUAGCUUCAUGAUAAUGACUCGCAUACAUAAGACUGAAAUUAAGAAGAAAAUACGCCGCCUCCUCGGGAAGUCUCACAUCGGGCUCGCCUACAGUCAGGAGAUCAAUAAUCUAUUGGACAAGAUUGAAACACUGCACGGGAACGACAUUGACCUGCGUCCUAUGGGGAGUAGGUUUAUGCAGAAACAGUCGUUCACAGUGCAUUGGGGCAGUGACAAUAAGGGAGACAUGCUCUUUAUGGAGGUGUGUGAUGACUGCAUCAUCCUACGGAGUGUCACGGGUUCCAUCUGUGACCGCUGGUGGUACGAGAAACUGGUGAACAUGACUUACUGCCCCAAGACAAAGGUCCUCUGUCUGUGGAGGAAGAUGGGUGAUAAGGUCCAGCUCAACCAGUUCUACACAAAGAAGUGUCGUGAGCUUUACUUCUGUGUUAAAGAAGCUAUGGAAAAGGCUGCCAUGAGAAACAAUAGUAAAAUCCCAGGCCCGGAGCUCGGGGGUGAGUUUCCCGUGCAAGAUGUGAAAUCUGGGCAGGGAGGACUCCUGCAAGUCUGUAUGGAAGGCAUAGGUUUACUCCUAGCGAAUAGUAAGUCAUUUAUAGAGCUAAAUCGUAUCAAGAAGUGUUUUACCUUGAAGGGCGAGAUAUUUAUUCUUGAAGAAUUCGAUGCCAAAAGUAAACAAGUAAUCCAGCAUCGCUUCAAAUCCAGACUGGCUGAAACAAUACCAAUGACCGUACAUCGUAUUAUAACUGUGCAAGUAGCAAAAAUUGAACAGCAAAUACGACAACAGCAGGAAACACUCAGAGACGCUGGAAGCUGAUCAGAUAUGCUAUGCUGUGCUAUGUGUGUUUUCGUACGUCGCAGCAGGGAAUGAACUACGAGAGCAUCAACGCAAACAAACUUGACCAGAACAGAGUUGCACAUAGUGUGGGGUUGUUCAAAACAGAAUUAUCUGAUAGUUAUAUAUGUAUGAGAUAGUGCGGUUCUGAACUGACCCACAUUACUUUCUUUUUGAUUGUUUUGUUUCUGAAAAUUUGUGAAGGCUGUCCACUUAUGAUAAUUUAAAAGCAUUUAAUGAUAUAUAUUUUAUUAAGAAUAUAUUACAAAUUUGAACACAGUUCUAACAUUUAUUUAAAUAUUGCGACUUUACAAUUGUGAUAUAAUAAAUGACUGACUCAAAAUAUGAUUACUAUUUUAGUAGCGACUCCUUUUUAAUUGCUUUGUAAAACUACCGUAUUUUAAUCAUUUGAGAAACGUUGCUAAAUCAAUACGAAGAUAAAAAUCGACACAGUUUUGUUACAACAUUAACAUUUCCAUGGUAACUACGAUUUGUUGAUUGCUUAAAUUGUGGACAGCCUAAAGUAUUAUUUCAAAUGGUGCUUUACUUAUAUUUAACCUCUUUGUACAUGUGUACAUAUGUUUAUGGAUUGUUUUUCAAAGACGAAAAUAGUAUAUUUAUAUUUAAAUUAUAUAUUUUCUCACUAAGCUUUGUGUAAUAUCCUCACAAACAUUAAAUAAUAUAUAUGUUUACAUUUGUUAAGUUGCUUCUUUCAGAGAUAUAUUUUUGCUCACUCGUUGCUAUUUCUAGUCUUUCAUAUUCUUUCUGUACAUUGAAUAUGCAUAACAAGAAUUGGAAUUAAUUAGGGAAAAGGGAUAUAACGUAUUUAUUCCUAUUUAUUCAUCUAGUAGAUCAUAUUAAAGAUUCAUGGUCUGUUUAAUAGUUAUAAUUUGACCAAUGAAAAGGCAGAAUUUCUCAAGUUUUCGAAUACAUUUAUGUCAUUGAAUCAGCAGUCGUUCGUUUGUUUGUUUAUUUUUUGAUCAGGUGAAGUGGUAGAUACUGGCUGGCCCAGUAAAUGGGUAGUUGACAGAAUGUAUGUAGACCACAAGUAAAACAUUAAAAUUGUCAGUAUGUACUAACAAAAAGUAUUUUAUUAAAUGCUAAUAGUCAUCCAUUAUUUAAAAGUCGGAGUAUAUUUUUCAACUGCUAAAUCAUUUGGUCAUAAUUCAGUAACAAGGUUUUCGAAAUGUAAUAGAAUUGUAUCAAAGAAGACUGCAUUAAUGUUGAUGUCUUCUAAUAGUGUUUAAUAGUUGUACAUAUGUAUGGUGGCUCUUUUCCUUGAAUUGCUUAAGUGUGAUGAAAUAAAAUAUAAAUCGUUAACAGAAAUUAAACUUACAGUUUCCAUCGGAAAGUUUAACAGUUUUAAGGGUAUGAUUGAUAUGAUGGUACAUAUACAUAAAAUGUAUGAUGAGAUAUAGUCAAUGUUCUUGUUUUUCUUUUACAGUAGAAGCUCUUUUGUUUUUAUUUAAAAGGUUGUGUUUUGUGCAACUCUGUAUCUGGUCAGUAUUCACUGCGGGAAUGGACGGUACUCUCAACAAACCGCAACCAAGAGGAGUUAACCAUAAGUCUCAAGUCAUUUCCGAACUUAAGUUGAUAUCCCGAAAUAAUUUUAGUCGAAUUAAAAGAAAUGUAUGCAUAGUUUAAACAGAAAAUAUAAUAGUUUUAAUUAAGUUAAUGAAUAUAUGAAGUAUUUCGGAAGUUGUUCUUUCAUAUGACCAGUGGGAUGCUAAAGAUAGGAAAAAGCAUUACGUUAGGAAAUGACCUAAGAUCUUUAUGAAUGCAGGACCAGACAUUCAGUGUCUUUUUAUUUAGUGUUUAAUGUUAAGGACACAUUUCAUUAUCCCAAUCUGGACUUUGAUAAAGGUGACCCAGAAAGGGAUAUUUUUAUAAGACCCAACGCCAACAUGAGAACAACAGAUUCAACAGUUCAUUGCUUACUUCGGAGGUUGUGAAAAGGUUGAUGCAGUUCGAUGAGUGAUCGGGACAUUGCAAACGCAUUCGAUCAUGUGUUUGUUCAAUUGUGACGUAUUCGCUGAACCAUGCCAAAUAGAUAUAAAGUUAUGUUGUCGAGGAAGUUUUCGGUAGUGUAGGAUAAAACAUGUAUCUUUUUUAAACAUGACCAUUAUAUACUUUUCAGCCAGAUGGAUUUGAGCUCAAAAUUGUUGUAUAAUAUUUGUUUUAAAAACGUUGUAUCCAUGAUAGUUAAACACUGAUAUAUAAUCGCCCCUUAAGGAACUGUAUUUUUCUUUUGCACUUGUGUAGUAAUAAUAUGCGUAAUUUAUCAACAUUUCGUAUUAUAUCAUAGAUUUUGUUUUUGACAUUUGAACAUUUAACAUUAUUAAUUAACAUUUUUCUGUAACGCUCUGAGAAUUUGAUAAGAAAACACUGUCUGUUUGUGUUUUAAAUAUGAACUCAUUGUGUGUACAACUAUGCUUUUUAAAGUACACUAAAAAUACAUGUUAAGCUUUAAACGGCACUUUAGUUAGGAAUCUCGUAACUCAGACAAUCAAAUUAAUCUAAAAAUAACACCUACCACUUUCAAGCAAUUGGAAUAAAAAUACAUGUAUAUAAAUAAUCAUCGACAGUUCACUCUACGAUAUUGAAUAUCGUGGGACAUUACGCAAGGAAAAUAUCGUAAUCAUUAAUAAUUAAUGAGGCAGCUUCAUUCGGACGAAUGGGGACCACUUCGGAAUUUAAUCAAAUGAAAUUACGUCAUCUGUUCUUUUCUUUACUUAGUAACAAAACCCUUGUAUGACGUCAUUAUUAGUUUGCAACAAGCAAUUUCAUCGGAAGAAGAGUUUUCUUCCCUAUCUCAUAAAUAUUAAUAAAAAUGAGAAUUUGUCAGUCAAUUCCGACGAAACUAACACAGUGUAGACGUUAUAAAGUACUUAAGUUACCAACGAAAAUAAAUAUUAAGUUGGAAAUGACCGUUCGGAUCAAAAUAUAUUUAUUAAAGUUACAAUAUGGUAAUGUAACAAUAUGUAGUGUUAUAAACAUUAAUGCUAUUACAUUAUAAUUCUUUUUUUGGGGAUGAUAUUAGUUAGAAAGAAGUUUGAGAGUUUCACAUUUCAAAGAAGCACAAAUUGCAAACUUUACAACCUUAGACUUGGAAAUAACUAUAUACAAAAUACUAUAUAUGUAAUGAACAUGCAAUGUGUUUCGUGUAUGAUAUUUGUUGUUCAGUUUACUAGUAAUAUUAGAUCAUUUGUACGCAAACAUGUUUAUGUCACUUAUCUAUUCAUUUCAAUGGAUCGUCACGUUUGUUUAUUUUGAAGUAGAUGAAAUCAGUGGUUAAUAAUACCUUAUUUGUAGAAAUCCGCAUGGGUUUAUUAUUAUAGCCUUGUGCAAUAUUGUUAACAUUGUUCAUUUGAAAUAAAUCGUUACAAUGU